CGCGGGGGCUGCUGGGAGUUGUAGUAGGGGUAGCAUGGCGUCAAAGAUCCACGUUGUACUUCGGCCGGUGAAGAGUAUUGUGGUCCGCUUCUGCCCCUUCGAGUCCAACGUGGAGAGCACGAGAAACUUUCUUGGAUGUAUAAACCAUAAAAGAAUCCAGGCCACUAAUAAAAACUGUGAAGUGACUGCUGAUGUGAGACAUGAUGGAUCCGAACCUCUUGUAGAUGUUAUGUUUGUUGAUGGAGAUCGAUUGAUAAUGAAGGGAGCCAACCUGACGACAGCAGAAAUGUUAACAGCAUUGGGGACCAGGUGUAAUGCAAAAGAGAUUAAGGAAGAACAGAAAAGCAAGAAGAAGAGCCCCUAAAGAACAGAAAAACAACUGCGUUUACAUUUACAUGUUGAAAACAGCAGGCUGCACAGAAGGCUUUUAUCCUGUGCAACAAAAUCUGCAAGAGAGAAAUGUCCAAACAUUGACCAGUUUAACGUGCAGCAGAACAAACUGUUUAAAGCACAGUGGAUCAGCAAGUCUUCUAGCACCAGUGGGUCAGUGUGUCUUAAUAUAUAUGAAUGGAUCUUUCUAAGCAGCUGCCUCUGUCAUCUGCAUGUCGGACUAAUAUCGCAUGUAUUUGCAUAUAAAUGUGAAUAAUGCACAUUACCUAUUAAAUUAAUAUUACAGUGAAAA